GGCUCACAUGGUGCUCCUGGCCGGUUCUGCCCCGCGUGCUGGCAGUUGACGCGUUAACGGACCCGACCGAGCUGGAAGCUCGAAUCUGUUAGAUUCAGUCUGUUAGCUUCAUACGUAGCCGACUUUUUAAAAAGUGGAAUUUCACGUCAAACUCGGCCGCCAGCGAUUUAACCUGCCCACAGAGGUGCUGUUUACAUAUUUGACAGGUGUAGCACAUUUGGGACGCCGUCAGUAACCACAUCGCGAAAGGACAACUCGUUUAUCUCGCCAAAUUUAUCAGAAAUAUUAACGAAGGCGAGUCCUCCGAGCUUUCAGGAUGACAGAGGAACUUGAGAAAAUUCUCUUGCAGCUAACACAGCCUGACAAUGCCGUUAUCCAGCAGGCCACGGCCCAGCUUAAACAGGCUUUCAAAGAUCCAGCCAUUAUACCUGCUCUGUGUGCUGUCAUGAGUGGCUCCCAAAACCCUCAGGUCCGUCAGUCAGCUGCAGUGAUGCUGAGGCUGAGAGUUAAGAAACACUGGAAGAAGAUUAACCCCAGUGACAGAGAGAGCCUGAAGGCAGUGGUGCUGCAGGCCUUCACGCAGGAAGCAGAGCACACAGUUCAGCACUCGCUCUCCCAGCUGUGCGCUGUGAUGGUUAAACAUGAGACACCAGACCGCUGGCCUGCUCUGCUGCAGCUCCUCAGUCAGUCCACCAAGAGCAGCAACCCUCAUGACAGACAGGUUGGGCUCUUGCUGCUGAAUAAGGUGAUGGAGUCCAACCCUGAGCCUUUCAAGCCCCACUACUGCCAGCUGCUGCAGCUGCUUAGUGCUGUACUGCAGGACCACAGCAACCCAACAGCCUUGUACUACUGCAUCCUCACCCUCACAGCCAUCACUGCUUACACAGGGACAGAAGAGAUGAACCAAAUGCGUUCACUCAUCCCAAGUUUGAUUGUUGCUCUGAAAUACCUCAUCAAGGCAGAUCAGAACCAAGCCAGCGAGGCCAUGGAGGUGUUUAAUGAGCUCAUGGAGAGUGAGGUGUCCAUCAUUGUCCCUCAUGUUGCUGACAUUGUCCGCUUCUGCUUGGAGGUGGGCAGUGACACCACACUGAGCGACUCUCUGCGGGUGAAAGCACUCUUUUGCAUUGCCUUCCUCAUCAAGCUGAAGAGCAAGACGGUGCUGAAGCAGAAGCUGCUGAGCCCCAUCCUGCAGGCCAUUUUCCCUGUGCUGGUCGCAGCUCCCCCACCUGGUGAGCAGGACCCAGAGGAUGAGGAGGAUGACAGCGGAGAUGGCACAGAGAACGACAAUCCCAAACACUGCGCUGCUCAGAUCAUUGACACCAUGGCGCUCCAUAUGCCCCCAGAGAAACUGUUUCAACAACUGAUGCCCCUCACUCAGGGCUGCCUUGCCAGUGAGAACCCCUAUCAGAGGAAGGGGGGUCUCAUGUGUCUCGCUGUGCUGGCUGAAGGCUGUGCUGACCACAUACGCACCAAGAUGCUGUCGUCUGUGCUGCAGACUGUGUGUCAGAGUCUCUCUGACAGUAACCAGGUGGUGCGCAGCGCCGGCCUUUUUGCUCUGGGGCAGUUCUCUGAGCAUUUACAGCCUGAAGUGAGUAAAUACUGUUCGGACUUGAUGCCUUUGCUGCUGGGUUACCUUUCAUCCUUGAACCAAGCCAGGGUCGGCCAUGUCACCAAGGCCUUUUACGCCCUCGAGAACUUCAUGGAGAACUUAGGAGCAGAUAUUGAGCCCUAUUUGCCCACCCUGAUGGAGACGAUGUUGUCUGCUCUCACCAACACUGAAAACCUCAAGAUAAAAGAGCUCGCUGUGUCUGCUAUUGGUGCCAUCGCCAACGCUGCCAAAGAGCUGCUGGUGCCCUACUUCACUCCAGUUAUUGAAAGUCUGAAGGGCUUCCUGACCACCACCACAGAGGAAAUGAGGUCUCUACAAACUCAGUCGCUGGAUACUCUCUCUGUGCUGGCUCGUACAAUCGGCAAAGAUGUGUUCAGCCCUCUGGCUGCAGAGUGUGUCCAGCUGGGCCUCAACCUCACCGACACCAUUGAUGACCCGGACUUGAGACGCUGCACGUACAGUCUGUACUCUGCUGUAUCCACAGUGAGCCCAGACUGCCUGACUCCUCACCUCACGUCCAUCACAACAGUCAUGCUGCUCGCACUCAAGUCCAAUGAAGGCAUUACGGCACACAUUGAGGAGGACAAGACCUUCGUCCUGCUGGAUGAAGAUGACGAUGACGACAGCAACGAAGAAGAUAAAGAUGUGGAUGACUUUCUGGAAGACGAGACUGAGACAGACGUCCAUGAUGUUGCAGGGUUCAGCGUGGAAAACGCCUACAUCGAUGAGAAGGAGGAUGCCUGCGAUGCCCUGGGAGAGAUUGCCCUCAGCACCGGUGCUGCCUUCCAGCCCUUCGUGGAGUCCUGCUUCCAGCAGGUUUAUGAAAUGAGAGAUUUUCCUCAUGAGGACAUCCGCAGGGCAGCGUUCGGGGCCAUGGGUCAGUUUUGUCGAGCUCAGCACCAAGUGUGGAAGGAGAAUCCUACUGAGGCCAACCACCAGGCCCUGCUCAAGCUGCUCGAUGUGGUGCUUCCCUGCUUUGUGGAAACUGUGCGAACCGAGCAGGAGCGCCAGGUUGUGAUGAGCAUCCUGGAAACCAUGAACGGUGUCAUCAACUCCUGCAAGGAGGAGGUUUUCAAAAACCCUUCACGCCUUCAGGAGAUCAGCCAUGUCAUCCGUGAUGUGCUCAAGAGAAAGACUGCUUGUCAGGACGGUGGUGAUGAAGCUGAUGAUGAAGACCAACAGGCCGAGUUUGACGCCAUGCUCCAGGAGUUCGCCGGGGAGGGAAUCCCCCUGCUGGCCUCCUCUGUACCUGCAGACAAGUUUGCCCCUUUCCUCAACGACCUGCUGCCUCUCAUCAUGAGCAAAGCUAAAUCUUCGUGCACAGUGGCAGAUCGCUCCUUCUCUGUGGGGACGAUCGGAGAAAUCCUGCAGGCGCUUGUGAGCGCGCCUGGCGGCCGGGGAGUGGCAGGCCGACUGUCCAAUCGUUUGCUCCCCGUGCUGGUAGCCGGCGUGAGGGACGGUGAUCCUGAAGUUCGCAACAACAGCGUGUUCGGACUGGGAUGUCUGGCCCAAGCAGCUGGACCCAUCGUCGUAUCAGACUACCCCAUGAUGCUGUCUGUGUUCUCCAACCUGCUGUCCAAAGAGUCGGACCUGCGGGUGAUCGACAACCUGUGUGCUGCCCUCUGCAGGAUGAUCAUGAGCAACGUGGAUGCUGUCCCUCUGGAGCAGGUCGUUCCUGCUUUGGUGGCUCGUCUUCCCCUCAAAGAGGACAUGGAGGAGAACAAGACGGUGUUCAGCUGCCUGGCUAUGCUCUACACAAACAGUCCUGCUCUGGUGGUGAAGCUAAUGAAGCCGAUCGUCGCUGCUUCCAGUCACGUCAUCGGAAACAAUGACGUUGAUAAAGAGACGCAGAACACGUCCGUCAUGCUGAUGAAGCAGUUCGCCCAGCACCACUCUGCCGACUUCCAGGCAGCUGUGACCUCACUUCCUGGAGAGCAGCAGGCCAAUCUCAGCGCGGCCAUCUCUGCCUCGUAGCCACCCCACACACACAUCCUUCCACUCUUGUGUGAACACCAGCCACAGCAAAGAAUUUUUAUACUGAAGGUGGAAAGUGGGACAGUUGUUUGGGACAUUUCCCCCAAAAUACAGCACUAACUCCAGCAGUUAUUAACUUUUAAUUUAUUUGCUUGCAUGCUGUGUUGAAGUUUUAUUAUUUUAGGUGUUACCAUCCUGUGUUGUUCCCGUUGUGUUGAGUUUCCUGUCAUUCCUGUUAAUUGCUGCUGUCCCCCUUUUUGCCUCCCUUUGGACUGACUUCUGGCUCUGCUGUGUGAGUGUGCAGCAGUGAAUUGUAUGAAAUGUUUCCCACCUCCCAGCGCGGGUCAGUGGGCCGUUCUGAAGUUCUGGUCCCUGUGCGUUUCUCUUCCGUGGCUGCCUCGGUCUGAGGUUUAUCUGCUGCUUCCAGCCUGGUGUUUGUGAUAGGCUGAGUGUUGUGUGAAACGCUGCAGUGUGAACCCCUGGAGCUCACCGACAGACUGGAAACGCUGAGCUAAUCACCGCACUCAGCUGUUACGUAUGAAAACAGCUCAUUGUGUUAGCGCUUACAGCAGCUCAGCCCGACUCUGACCUGAAGCAGUCAGUCAGUCUGUUCAACUCCUCCACUGUACCUUACAACACAACUGACAAAGUGCAAGAGAUUAUUAUCAUUAUUGUUUCUAUAAUUUUUUUUUCCCAACUGAACCAGAAACUUAACACAUUUCUACUAAGCUGCAGUGUGCAUUUAAAAUGUCAAGCCAUUCACUGUAGAAACUGAUGAAUCCUCUAAAUAAAUGCAAACUUGCAUCUUGGAAUCAGAA